AGACUACUAGUUUCAAAAGGGUUUGGAAGGUUUAGAACAUCCAUGGAAGACAUAGCUCAAGCAGUUGCAGUUCCAUAUAGGUUAGGCAAUCUGAUUCAUGAGGAAUCAGCAGUGAAAACCCAAAUGGAAAUCACUGGUCUGAAGCUAAUAUCAAAUACAUCAGCCUUGUUACCCAAUACAAAGCCAAGUUUACCAUGUGAGUCCAUUUCUUGUGGAAAUCAGCAGAGUUACAGAAGCAAAGUUCCACAGGAUGAAAACAGAGAUCUGAUUUCUGGUGAAACCAUUAAUUGGGGAAGUAAGGAGUGCAAGUUCAUGCCUUUGUGCAAUCGGGUACUUGGUAGUUCAUGCUUUAAGCUUUAUCUCAUGAUGAGGGUGAGAUUUGCAGUGGAUCCAAUACUUCUGAUGCAUCCACCAUGGUGAAUCGGGCGAAGAAAAUAUGCAGAACAAGCCCCAAUGGGAAGGUUUUCGAUUUGGAUCGUGCACCCUUUUGGGGAUACACAUCCAUCUGUGGAGGAAGACCAGAGAUGGAAGAUGAUGUUGCAGUUGUUCCCAAACUUUUGCAGAUUCCUAGUCAAAUGUUCAUGGAUGAAUCUGAUGACUUGGGCCACAACCCAAGUCAGUAUACUGCCCAUUUCUUUGGAGUUUAUGAUGGACAUGGGGGUUGUCAGGUUGCUAAUUAUUGUCGCGAACGUGUGCAUUCGGCUUUGGUUGAAGAGAUUGAAAUUGCCAAAUCAGGCUUGAAUGAAAGCACUGGUGAAUCUUGGCAGGAGCAUUGGAAGGAGGCCUUCACCAAUUGCUUUAUGAAAGUUGAUGCCGAGGUUGCAGGAGCUCCCAUAAGCACACAUUCAAGCAGCACUGGUGCUUCUGAGGCUUCUGUUGAUCAUAUUGCUCCUGAAACUGUCGGUUCUACUGCUGUAGUUGCUGUUGUUUGUCCAUCACAUAUUAUAGUAGCAAACUGUGGUGAUUCAAGAGCAGUAUUGUACCGUGGAAGAGUGGCGAUGCCAUUGUCAGUAGAUCACAAACCAGAUAGAGAAGAUGAGUAUGAAAGGAUUGAGGCUGCUGGAGGCAAGGUCAUACAGUGGGAUGGUUCUCGUGUAUUUGGUGUUCUUGCAAUGUCACGCUCCAUAGGCGACAGAUACUUGAAACCAUCAAUCAUACCGGAUCCAGAAGUCAUGUUUGUUUCUCGAGAAAAGGAAGAUGAGUGCCUAAUCCUAGCCAGCGACGGGUUGUGGGAUGUAAUAACAAAUGAGGAGGCUUGUGACAUUGCGCGGAGGCGGAUCCUUGUAUGGCAUAAGAAAUAUGGUGAUACAGUGGAAAGGGGUGAGGGAGCUGAUCCUGCAGCUGAAGCUGCAGCAGUGUACCUCACAAGGCUUGCAAUCCAAAAGGGAAGCAAAGACAACAUAACUGUUGUAGUGGUAGACCUGAAAGCUUCAAGGAAGUUUAAGAAAAAAACUUAAACUCAAAAUAAAGAGCUGAAUUUACAGAGAUAUACCAGUACAUGUUUACAUUAUAAGAUGAUUAUAAACACUAAUUUGACUCACUCAGCCCAUUAGUUUUUAACCUGGGUUCAGUGUGGUCAUGAAUACUCUUUCUGCAUAGACAGUAUAGCCUUCUUAAGAUUUUGGUUCACCUUUUGCUUUUGUUCAUACAUUAUACUAAUUGUGCAUAAAUCAGAGAAGUUCUAUGAAUUUCACAAGUG